AUGAACUCUACUGAGGACCCAUCUGACACUACCUUGAACAGCAGCGGAGCCUCAGCUCAAACCAGAGAUACUUUUGACACAGCCGUCGCAAAAAAUGUCAUUAUUGUUUUUCUGUGCAUUUUCAUCAACUACAUCAACGGGACUCUGGUCUUCACAUUCUUUAAGAAUCGAAUGUUUCACGAGGCAUCACGAUACAUCCUGUUCAUUCACAUGGUAAUCAAUGAUAUUAUUCAGUUAACUGUUGCAGUGACAUUAUUUGUAGUGAGUUACAUAUUAUUUAAAAUCAAUGCCUCCUUCUGUUGUUUUCUAUUGUCCGUUGCCAUCUUUGCCAGUAUGAACACUCCUCUGAGUCUCGCAGCGAUGGCUAUUGAGCGUUACGUAGCCAUCUGCAACCCCUUGCGUGCCGUUUCCAUAUUGCCAGAUGUGUUUAUCCUUUUGGCAACAGCGCCAUUAAGCUUCUUCCACUCAUCUGUUUUCUGCGCUCGCGAUUACGUUUUCAGGUCACCUGAUCUAGUUCAGAAGAGAAGCAUUUUACAUGCUGUCUACUUAGCUUUUGUUUGGCUUACUUUAACGUACACUUAUUUCAGAAUCCUGUUUACAGCGAAGGCAGCCACCACGGACGCGACUUCUGCUGCAAAGGCUCGCAACACCAUCCUGCUGCACGGGGUCCAGCUGUUACUGUGCAUGCUAACGUACAUCGGACCUACUCUGGAAUACAGUCUCUUAUAUAUCUUUCCAGGGAAGUCAUUAGAAAUACGAUACUUUAUUUACUUGGUAGUUCAGGUACUGCCCAGGUUCCUGAGUCCCAUGACCUAUGGUGUCAGAGAUCAAAUGUUUAGAAAGUACCUGAAAAGACACUUUUUAUGCAAGACCAUCAAAGAUGGACAGCUUCACCCCAAUAACAAUCACCAGACAUCAUGA